UCGUCAGUUAGUUGGACCCAUAGCGUUGAGCAGGUCAGAUCUGCGGAUCUCGUUCUUCCGGAGAGCAUAAAUCUAUAACGGUAGAGCUAGGUCAUCGCACGCACUAGCUCACUAGAAGAUCUCUUUGAGGAGAUCCACUUGAACGGUCAGAAGUUCCACGGGCGAUCCCGACAGUAAACAUGAUCUCGCAGCUGGGACGGAUCGGUGUUAUUAGUGUGUCAAUUUUGGCAUUAACUGCCCUUAUUGUGGCAUCGCCGACCACCACCGAGGAGACCGCUCUAAAUCCCAAUGCCAACUGCAAUUAUACCCUCAUCAAGUCCAAGACCUUGGGGGUAGACCCCUCGUUCUGGAAAAAAUUCUUCAAGCACUGGAUACCAUUCGUCGGCAGUUCGAGGAGUAAAAUGCAAUUCAUACUUUUCAAGCGGGAUUUCGCGGAUUGCGGAAGAGAAUUGUUAAUUGGAGAUGUGGAAAACCUCAAGAACUCGGGUUUCGAUGCACGUCAUCCCACGAGAAUUGUCAUUCAUGGCUGGAUGAGUCAGAGCAAAGGCUCUCACAUCAGAAAGGUGAAGAACGCUUACCUGAGCCUGACUCAUCCUGGUCUCAAUGGAGAGCCCCCGCGUUACGAGGAUUUCAAUGUGAUCGUCUGUGACUGGAGCAAGAUUUCCACGAAUGUCAACUACUUCGAAGUGGCCAAGACGGUUGAGGAUCUGGGUGCCCUGCUGGCGGAUCUGGUGCGGCAUCUUCAUCUGGAGGCUAAUCUACAUUACGACGAUGUCUACAUUAUUGGACACUCUUUGGGCGCUCAGAUUGCUGGCAGUGCUGGCAAGCAAAUCCAACCAUACAAAUUCAAUACCAUAUACGCCUUGGAUCCGGCUGGACCUCAGUUCCGAGAUCAGACCGAUGAGUACCGAAUCGAUGCCAGCGAUGCCUCCUACGUGGAGUCCAUCCAAACCAGCGUCAGCUUUGGCUUUGAGAAGCCCGUGGGACAUGCCACCUUCUAUCCCAAUUAUGGCAAGAAUCAGAAAAAGUGCUAUGUCUACGGUUGUUCGCACAAGAGGUCUCAUGAUUAUUUCGUGGAAACCCUGACGAGUCCAGCGGGCUUUUGGGGACCCCGCUGCGAGCGUCACGAUGACGGCACCUGGAUUCUCCUGCUCAGCGAUGGGGAGUUUCGGAUGGGAGGUGAGCCCUCGGUACCGAAGAAUGGAACCUUUUAUGUGAAAACCUACGCGAAGCCACCAUAUGCCAUGGGGCACAGGUGGCAAACCGAGCCGGCGCCACGAGAGGAUGAGGAUGAGAACUCCACGGAAGAGUAGGAGAUGGGAAGAACGUCCUAUUAUUAGAACUGUGAAUAACAUAAAACUAGAGUGAGAAUUAGAGAAAAAGACAAAUUAAAAUUGUAAUAUAUAAAACAAAAUUAAAAAUAAAAUAAUUUAAGGUUUAA